ACUCCCAGGCUGUGGGGAGUCGGCUUGUUAGCCUGUGAAUCGGAUUUCAACAAUACCUCAAGGCAGCAGAAUCGCCUGGAACAUUAUAACAUCACUCGUGACUCUUUUAGGAAGUAUUUCGAGAGGCUGUACAAGAAUUGACGUUUGCUAGGACGGACUUUAGUACGUGCAUGAAGGACCUGCUGUGAAUUUUCAUGAUCCUGAACCUAACCCUGCUGAAGGAAGGACAUUUGUUUUGGCAACAGGCGCUCCAUCAGAUUGUCAUUGCGCUGAUCACUGCUGCCUUCGAGAUUUUUGCAACACUCAGAAAAAGCAACUCUGUGACGGAAAGUGAAUCAUCCUUACCACUGAAGCAGCUAUGCAGCUUGAAAUUCAAGUAGCACUCAACUUUAUUAUUUCCUAUUUAUACAACAAACUCCCUCGAAGACGUGUGAAUAUCUUCGGCGAAGAGCUUGAGAGACAGCUGAAGAAGAAAUAUGAAGGCCACUGGUAUCCGGAUAAGCCAUACAAAGGUUCAGGGUUCAGGUGCAUCCAUGUAGGGGAGAAGGUGGACCCUGUGGUGGAGCAGGCAGCCAAAGAAAGCGGGCUGGACAUUGAAGAUGUCCGGAAUAAUCUCCCUCAGGACCUUAGCGUGUGGAUCGACCCCUUUGAGGUUUCAUACCAGAUUGGGGAGAAGGGACCAGUCAAGGUGCUAUAUGUGGAUGAUAACAAUGAGAAUGGGACAGAGCUGGACAAGGAAAUCAAGAACAGCUUUAAUCCUGAGGCCCAGGUCUUCAUGCCAAUCAGUGACCCUGUCGGGGCUUCUUCAGAAUCCAGCUCUCCCUCUCCUCCUUUUGGGCAAUCUGCUGCCGUGAGCCCCUCCUUCAUGCCACGCUCCACCCAGCCCUUAACCUUCACCACUGCCACCUUUGCUGCCACCAAAUUUGGCUCCACUAAAAUGAAAAGCAGCGGCCGGGGCAACAACACCAACAACAGCAGUAGCAGCAAGGUGGCCCGCACCUCCCCUACCAAUAACCUGGGUCUGAAUGUCAACACCCUGCUGAAGCAGAAAGCCAUCUCCACCUCCAUGCACUCACUGUACGGACUGGGCCUGGGUCAGCAGCAGCAGCAGCAGCAGCAGCAGCAGCAGAAGGCCUCUGCUCUCUCCCCUAACGCCAAGGAGUUUGUGUUCCCCAGCCUGCAGGGCCAGGCCAGCCCUGGAGCUGUGUUCCCCGGGGAGGGCUCCUUGGGACUCGGCCCCCUGCAGUACAACAAUGCCUUUGACAUGUUCGCGGCCUACGGAAGCCUCAAUGACAAGUCCCUUAUGGAUGGCCUCAACUUCAGUCUGAGCAACAUGCAGUAUUCUAACCAGCAAUUCCAGCCAGUAAUGGCUAACUAAACUCAUCACUGAGAUGUUAUUUAUGAAUGAUGGUGGCUCAAAGAGAAGGAAAAACAAAACGCACACUUAGAACUGGACUUUCAAGGAUCUAGUCUAGUCAGUCAAGCGCAUGUGCCCAAGGGUGUUUUUACUGGGCCCCCUUGAGUUGGUUUCUACUAAAAGCUUGUUGUACAAACACAUCCAAGCUUGGUUACUUCAAUUCAACAUGCAUCCUUGUUUUUCUUUUUCCUUUUUGCCAACCAAGCACAAAAUUUUUUACCAUGUUGAGAAAAUUCUCCAAAAACUAAAAAAAAAAAACAAGCUUCAAGUUUUGGCCUCUUACAGUAUUUUACAGGUGGUAAGACAAGGCUGAUUUUUAUGAAUUGGCACUACUAAGUGGGGUUACUUGGUCUUUUUCUAAUUGUAUAAUUUAAUUUAGUACAGAGUUUGUAAGAUAUCAGAGUAUAUAUUGUUUCUAUGACAUGGUGUUGCAUUUAUAUCUUUUUACUACUCCAGUGAUCUGUGAUGGCUGCAGCAGCUUUUCCUUAUUUUUUCUUUUUUUAAAGAUAAUUGUUAAAGAAAUCCAUCUUUAAAAAAUACAUCAAAUAUUCUGAAGAUUGUGUACAGAGUAUUCCUUAGUGGUGGAAUUCAAGUGUAGGAAUAUUUGCUUUUUCUGAAAGAUGAAUUGUAUUUUCUGUUAAGAAGUUUAAAAAGAUUUUGCUAUACUAUGGACAAAAUGUAAUCGUAUGAAUAUUAAUUUUGUACCUACAUUGUGCAAUACUUGAUAAAAAAUACGGUAUAACAAAGUAUUUUGAGUCAGUGUCUUACAUGUCAAGAGGGACUGAAAUAGUUUAUAUUGUUAAGUUUGUAUUAAAUGCUUAAAAAUUAUAUGCUUGUCUUUAUUUUUUUUAAUUUCAUAUUUGCACCCUGGUCUUUUUAAUAAAAUAAACGACAGUUGAACAUGA